CACACACACACACACACACACACACACACACACAAACACAGGUACAGUACAAGAAGACGAGCAGCGAAACUAUGGCGAAAAGAAAAAUACGUUUGACUCAAGAAUACUUAUAAAGAAGUUUAGUAUAGGCGUACCGGUUCGUUUUUUAUAUAUAUAUUUGUGCUCGAUUGGGUCCUAGGAUCAUCUUAACCGAGUGAGAUCGUUCUCUGGACUUAUUUUGGUGGGGAGCUAACGUCGAUGGAGGUUCAUGUGUCAUGUGAACGUCUGAAUUAAAACCAUUGUGGAUUCGUGAGAGAAGGUCGUUUUUCAAGAGGUGAGAGGCUGCCGCGGGGGAGGGGGGGGCGGGGGGUCAUGCUAAUGGACCAGGACACUCAAUGGCUGUACCAGUUGCUGGCGGAGGUUCAACUCGACAAGUACUACCUGCGCGUGCGCGACGGCCUCAACAUCACGCGCCUCGAGCACUUCGCCUACGUCAAGGAGUCGGACCUGGAGACGGUUGGCAUCAGCAAGCCAGCACAGAGACGAUUAUGGGAUGCCCUGAAGCGCCACAAGACGAACACGCGCCCGCGGUCGUGGAUGGCCAAGCUAACACAUCCAGUGUUCAGCGGUCGGCCCCUGGACGGCACCGACGGGCCGGGCCCCUCGGCCACAGAGACGGGGGGCCCGGCGCUGCCCUCCCUGAUCCAGGACAGCGAGCUGGCCCUGGGGGAGAAGCUGGGGUCGGGCUCCUUCGGGGUGGUGAGGAAGGCGGACUGGUACACCCCCAACGGGAGGGUGCUACCGGUGGCGGUCAAGUCUCUGAGGAACAGCAAUGCCAGACAGACGGACACGCUGACAGACUUCCUCCAGGAAGUGACCACCAUGCAGACCCUGGACCACCCUAACAUCAUCAGGCUGUACGGAGUGGUCCUGACGCAGCCCCUCAAGAUGGUAACGGAGCUGGCCCCGCUGGGCUCCCUGUACGAGACGCUGCGGGCGCGGCAGUAUGACUACCCCCUGGCGCGCCUCUGGCUGCUGGCCACGCAGAUCGCCGCCGGCAUGGAGUACCUGGAGGGGCGGCACUUCAUCCACCGCGACCUGGCCGCCCGCAACAUCAUGCUGGCCGGCCGCGAGACCGCCAAGAUCGGCGACUUCGGCCUGAUGAGGGGCCUGGCCCAAGAGUCGGACCACUACGUGAUGACGGCCCACCGCAGGAUCCCCUUCGCCUGGUGUGCCCCAGAGAGUCUCCGGGUGGGCUCCUUCUCCCACUCCUCUGACGUGUGGAUGUUCGCCGUCACCCUGUGGGAGAUGUUCAUCUACUGCGAGGAGCCCUGGCUCGGCCUGUCGGGGCGGCAGAUCCUGUGGCGCGUGGAGCGGGAGGGUGAGCGCCUGGCGCGGCCUCAGGACUGCCCCCAGGAGCUGUACGGAGUCAUGAGGAGGUGCUGGGCCUGCAGCCCUGCUGACAGGCCCAACUUCUCCCAGCUCACCACACUGGUGGCCGAGGCUCGACCGAUGGAGGUGCAGGCCACCAGGGACUUCAACGAGCCCAGGAAGCUGCCUCUUCAGACCAACGACAUGGUGACCGUCAUAGAGCACGGGUUGGAGCUGUGCGAGUGGAAGGGCCAGAACCACCGGACCCUGGCCGUGGGCUGGUUCCCCGCCAGCCUCUGCGUCCCGACCCUCCCGGCCUCCGGCCCCGUGGGCCCCGGCUCCGGACCCCCGUCCCAGAGCCGGGCCCCGGCCCCCGCUCUGCCCUCGGCCCUCAUCUCGGCCCCGCUGAAGGGGAGCCUGCAGCAUCGGGGCCACGGGGACCUGCGCCCCGACCGCAGCUGGGGGACCCCAGAGAGACUGGAGGACAACAGUCGCUGGAGGACCAGCCUGGCUGGAGGAGAGAAGGAGGGCUCCAACCUCCAGAGGAUGGCAGGCUUUUCCCAGAGCCUGGAGUCGGUGCUGGGUGCACACCACGGCAAGGCCCGGAACGGGGUCCCGGAGCCGUCCCGGCCGGACCCCAAGGGCGGUAGGCGUCCGACGGGCAGCGGCGGCCUGCUGCCCCCCAGCGUGGUGCUGGAGCAGGACCCCCGGCGCCGCAGCGAGGCCAGCUGCGCCCCCCCCCCCCGCCCGCCGCCCCCCACCUUCCUGCAGUCCAGGCCGCACAACCCCGGGCGGGAGCGGAGGCCCGCGGCGCCCGGGGGGCAGCAGCAGCGCGGCCCCCCGUGGAGCCAGGGGCCCCAGCCGGCGGGGGGGGGGCCCCCUCAGAUGCACCCGGCCCAGCCCCAGCAGGGGGGCAGCAACCUGGGCCGGAUGGGGCAGCUGGCCCGCUCCACCCCCGCCCUGGACGAGCCGGUGGAGGUGAAGCCCCGGGCGCCCGAGGUUCGGGACAAGAACGUCUACUCGACCGUGCAUCAGGCCCGGGACGCGGUGGUGGCGCAGGUGAUGGAGGCGGUGCACGGCGUGACCAUCGAGGAGGUCCACAACGCCCUUCGCCGCAACGACGGGAACGCCGUCCGCGCGGAGCAGCAACUGAAGUUGGAGCGGCUGUACUCCAUGAGCCUUUGCUCCAGGGACGACUGCGUGAGGAUCCUGUCCAGAUACCAGUGGAACCUGGAGCCGGCCAGCCGCUGCCUGCUCCGUCUGACCCGGGAAGACCGGAGCCCUGCACCGGCCGACCGGGAGCGGGAGAGACCCUAGCCCGGACCUCAUACAAAGACCCGUUCAAAUUAUGAAUUACUGUUUUUUUGGGGGGGGGUUUUCUGAACACGUUCCCCAUCGUUGUCUUCAAGUUGCGUGGAGGAUAAUAAGGAGACUCUUCACAGCACUGUUUUGGUUUCAUGGUGCGGAGCUGCCCGAUAGAAACUACUUUCCCAUGUUUCCUCCGAUGGCAUUGUAGUGGAUGAGAUGCACCUGUGGUUCAAUGAAAGAACUACGCCGAGUCUGGCGAUGACAACAACCCAAUGUACCUCAGGACUUCAUGGACGGCAGACAAUAAUGGAAUAAUGGACGAAUGAGGAAUAUGCAAGCUGUAAAAAGUUGAGAAAAAGAGCAAGAGUUUUACUUACUUUACAAAAAAGACUUACUAUGCAAUAUGUUCUAUAUUUUGUCCCGGAAGAUUACCUUAACUGUGGUAUUUUCAAAACCUCCCAUGUAAUGUACAUACGACAGACCUGGUGACAAUUUUGCAAUUACAUACAAAAAAAACAGGCGGGGUAAAUAUGUUCGAGGCAGUCACUAGGCACACUUUGCACUCAUGGCUACAAAUGGCUGUUUAGUCUCCCAAGUCAACCAUUGACAAACAAGGAGCACAUUCAGGUCAUAUGUAAGAACAUUAACCGAGUUUUCUAUAGACUAUUCUGUAAUGUGUGCGUGUGUAGUCCAACUGCAUACGUCUGAUGUGAGGUUAUUGUACUGUAACUUUAGAAAGGACCACGGACUGAGUUAUAUGAAACUGGAGUCGGCGUUCUUUGGUGGGUUUUCUGAGCAUCUGCCUAUUUUUGGUGGACCUUAGCCAUGUGGAUCACGGGGUAAUGGUGGUGUUCUUUACAUUAGGUGCGUGUUUACUGCCUUGUAGCCAUUUACUGCAGGCAGUAAAAUCUGUUGUCAACCAAUGUAUAUAUUUUUUACGACAUCACGUGAGAUCCAUAAUGGAAAAACACGUUUCCAAUGAACCAUGUGCAAAUAAAAACCGAUCUCACACGC